GUUGCGCCCCCUGUUCUCUUAAGGAUUAGAUCGAUGAGGCAUGAAACGCCAAGAGGACAUGCACUCACUCGCAUCACCCCUUGGCAUCGUCUCAAGCCAAAAAGACUUGUCGCGACGCAAAUAGAUCUUGGAGAUUCUGCUUUUUGUUCUCCAUUCUCUAUCUUUAUGACCGAAGUGCACCACAAUGCAGCUUAGUUGGCGACCAACCUUAACAUUGCUUAGUAUCGGGACGGCAUGGCAAAUGACGGGCGCGUUAGGGCAAAGAAUUCGGGUUGAGGACGAAUCCAUGCGUCCUAUCAUAGUAGAUGGAGCAACGACGGUGAAGGACGCGGAUAAUCUACCUGAAAAUGCGAUGGUGGAAAAUAUUGCCGUAUCAGACGUUCCGCGAGUCUCGGAGGUACCGCAAAUUUCGCACAUUCCACAAGUUGAUGUAGACGAACCAUGGACAGUGAAUAGCACGACGAUACCGAACAUUGUCACAACGCCGAAGAGCCCUACGACUAGUAGCCAAGCACAGCCAACCGAACCUGUGGUCCCUAUAGCUGCAUUGCUAUUCUCGGGGCCACCGGGACCUAAAGACUGUCGCGGCACGGUGAUGGCAAACGUCCAGUUACCCAAGCCCGGAUCUCAACAUGCGACACCGACAUGCUACAACGUGCCCGGUAUAGCGCAGUGCGCGACGUUCGUUGCAAAUAUGGACGACGGGUGUCAAGCACGUCUGUUUAACGAGCCGAACUGUCUCACGUUUGCCAACCUAGCCGUAUUUACUCCAGAACAAAAGGCUGUUGGCGGACUUCUCCGGAGCAUCGAAAUAACAUGCGGGAUCAAGAGCGUGACACCACCACCGUUGAACCUCCCGGGCUUGGAAUUACCGCCAAAUGCUCAGCAGGCCGUUGGGAAGUAACAACGAUCAGCCACCGCUGUCGUAAUGAAACACAGAAACUCAGCUCAUCGAAGGCUUCUGAAAUUUCACACCAGCCAGUGAAGGGAAGCAUAAAGUGACACCCAUUGGCGAAAUCAGGGAAAAGGGGACAUGAUAUAUCAUAUUCCGGUUCGAUGCCAUGUCCGAU